AUGGAAAAAUGCGAUGGUCUGCCACUAGCAGUGGUGGUGCUUGGAGGAUUAUUGUCCACAAAAAGGAAGACAGCGGAGGAAUGGAGACACGUGCUUCAAAACAUCACCUGGCAUCUCAUUGAUCAAGAUCGCGUUUCUGCAAUUUUAGCCCUAAGCUAUAAUGAUUUGCCUUUCCACUUAGAAUCAUGUUUUCUCCAUUUGGGUCUUUUCCCCGAGGAUUCCUCUAUAUCGAAAAUAAAGUUGAUACACUUGUGGGUUGCAGAAAAAUUCUUACCACAACAAGGAGAAGAACCCGCAGAAGGUGUUGCUGACAAUUGCUUAAACGAAUUGGUUGAUAGGUGCAUGAUCCAGGUGGCAUCACUAACCUCACUUGGAAAGUGGGCAGCAAGUUGCAUCGCCAGCAUCACAACGCAACAAAUCUCGGAGGCUUGCAAUCCAUGGUGA